AUGUCUUCUUUCGCAAGUUCAAGUGAGCUUGAAACAUCAAGUAUAGGUUCGUCUUCUGUGUCGGAGCCAGAGCAGGCCUACAAUGGUGGUGAACACUCUGAGAAUCUUGCCUAUCCACAGGUAGAGUCAGAAAUACUAGGUCGCAUCAUGACAGCCUCGAAUCUGGAAUACGAACCAACAAGAGAGGUCGAUGAGGAAGAGGUGAUAGUUCGAGAUGACAGGGUUAGUCACAUAAGUGUUGCAACAGAUCAGUCAAACUCGUUAGUAAGGACGAAAACAAGAUUUUUCUCUCCCAAGCUACGUGAGGAAAGAAAGAUGGUCCUAAGAAGGUUCCUUCUUGUGAAUUUUUCCUUAAUUUGUUUCAUUUUAAUUGCAUUUUCAUUAUUUUGGGGGAAUACAUACAAUGCCUCUCAUUUUUAUUACAAGGUCAAUAUCCUAGCUGUCCUUCAAGAUGAUAUUGUUGACAUAAAUAGUUCUGUCAUUCCCUUUAUAUCCGUAUUGCCAUCAUUAGUGGAAGAGCAAGAGGCAACGUGGCAUGUUUACAACACUUCCCAAUUUGAAAAGAAAUUCAACGUCCACGGCACUGAAGAAAUAAAUGCUGAAGUUCUUAAGCUGAUAUACGAUGAGUUAUAUUUCAUGUCACUCAAUGUACAACCCAAUGUAACUCAAAUUUUGUACAAUUCCUUAGCCCAAGAGAAUUCGAGUCUUGUCUUCAAUUCUACAGAGUUAUUUGAAGUCAGUUAUGAAAGUAGUCGUGAUCUCAUUAGUUUAAAGCCCUGGAUGUAUCCUAUUAUGACAGCUUUCGAAACAUCUGUAGCAUCAUAUUAUACCCAAGAAUAUCUGCCACAAUUCCUUCGGAACAUUUCGAGCGAAGUACCCAUAGAAACGAUUAAUCCGCUCAAAUUAUCAUAUGCGACAUCAUUAUCAUUCAAUGCAAAUGAUUAUAGACCUUUUACUGAUCGUCUACUUAUGUGCACAACUAUUAUUGGUGCUAUUUAUACCUUGAUUUUAACAGUUUUCCAAUAUUUAAUUUAUGGUCCUAUUCACGCUCAAAUGGCACAAGUCUUAAAACCCAAAUACAUAACUGUGUACAGGUGUUGUAUAACAUGGGGUACAUGUUUUCUUCUGUCACUAUUUAUCUCUACAGUUAGCGCCAUUUAUCAAGUUGAUUUCACACCCACUUUUGGUAAAGGGGGAUUCGUGAUAUUCUGGAUGUCCACUUGGCUCUUCAUGCUAUCUGUAGCAGGUGCCAAUGAAAAUGUGAUUAGCAUGAUUUUCCUAUAUGAUCCUCCUUUCUUAGGAUUCUGGGUCUUGGGUUUCGUCAUAUUGAAUUUGGGUCCAAGCUUCUUUUCAAUGGCAUUAGACAGUAAUUUUUACAGGUAUGGGUACGCAAUGCCUCUGCACAACAUUAUCGAUAUAUAUAGAGUCAUAUUUUUUGACGUUUCGAAAAGCAAAAUGGGAAGAAAUUAUGGUGUUUUAGUGGCGUGGGUAGCUCUCAACACCGCACUUGCUGAAGUUGUUUUAAGAUGGGUCUCUAGAACGGUCGCAAAACGAGAAAAGGCAGCAGCAGAAGCAACCCAAAAUGCCUCUUCAGAUAAUGACAUUAAAGAAUAA